ACGGCGACAAGGCGGCGACAAGACGGCGACAACAAGCGGCUCUCUUCUCCCGCCAAUGGGGGCGUGCUGGUGUCGCCGCGACUCGGCCGACCUCUCUUCGCCCUCGUCUUCUGUCCAGCCCCGACAGACGUCGCUUCGCCCUCUGGCUCUUCGCCGGCCCUUCCUGCAUGCCGCACUUCAUCCUCCCUGCAGCAACAGGCUCCCGUGCACCCAGUCCCGCGCCGGUGAUCCACCUGAGCUCGUCCGCCGCCCUUCGACCAACCUCGGAUCCCCGUCCGCCUCAAGAGCCCUCCGGCGGCACCGAAGCCCCAACGCAGCCAAACUCGCAAUCCGCGGCCUCCUCAGAUCGGCCGCCCACCACGGCCAUGUCUGCGACCGCGAGUCCAUCGUCUUCCUCUGGGUCGACUGGUGCUCCUCCUCCCCCAGCAUCGUCGUCGGCUUUACCACCACCACCACCACCACCCACUCCUCCUCCGCCUCCGUCCUCAUCGGUCUCGACGACAGAGACCGCAUCUCAAAGUCCAACGUCUUCUCCUCCUCCUCCUCCUCCUCCCCCUCCACCACCACCACCACCACCACCUCCUCCUCCUCCUCCUCCUCCUCCUCCUCCUCCUCCGCCUCCUCCUCCGCCGCCGCCUCCUCCUCCGCCGCCGCCUCCUCCUCCCCCGGCUUCGACCCCGGCUGUGCCGACCAGCAGGGUUCCUGUCCCGUCGGCGUCGCCCUCAACCAUCCCUGUGGUCCAGUCGAGCUCGAGCUCGUCCGUCCCGUCUCCAACCGCGAUCCCAACGAUCGCACCGUCUUCGUCCGUGACCGUCGGCACCUACUUUGGCUGUGUCGACUUCCCAAGCAGCGGCAACAUCAGCGUCGUCGCCUCGCUCGACCAAUGCGCCGCAUUCUGUGUCCAGCAAUCCAACUCGACAGCCUUCAUGAACUACAUGAUUGUGUCUCCGACAAACUGUCCCGACUUUGCAUCAGUUGUGCCGCAGAUGGACUGUGGAUGCGCAAGCAGCACGCCGAACUACACCUACAAUGCAACCUGUCUCUUCACCACUGCAACGGGUCUCUCGGCCGGCGGCUGUAUCAAGUUCACCAACGGUCCCAAAUACUAUGGUUCUAUGUACCAGAUACAAAUCACUCAAUCCAACUCCACCCUCACGAUCGUGAUCAUCGCCAGCGCCCUCGGUGUCGUCUUUCUUGCUGUCAUUGCUGUUCUGGUCUUCCGUGGAUACUCGGGAAGAAAACUGGCUUCCCAGCGGCGGAAGGAGGCAGCAAUCCAGGCGGAGAUCAACAACAUCAACAACGUCCAACGCCUGUCAGCGUAUUCUCAGCGCGGCUUCAGCUCCUAUUCCCCGCAUCUGGCCGAUCGCGAGGAGCCCCGGAUAUCCUAUGCCUCUGCGCCCUCGUUCAUACCCCUCGCUCCUCCCGAAAACCCUUUCCGCAACUCUACAUACAGCUUCUACAGCACCGGCUACACCUCUGGCAACAACUCGUCAUCGCCUCAUCCAUCGUACAACAUCGAUCCUAUGGCCGCUCUCCAUGAAGAAUCGUCAUCACGCCGCGGAUCCAUGUCGGUCGACGACCCGCGAUCCAGCGCCAUCAUGCUCACCCCGCUCGUUGCCAACAAACCCACGCCGCUGUCCUCGCCGCCUGGAACACCCCAGAGCACACCCCAGAGCACAUCCCAGGGCACAUCCCAGGGCACACCCUCAAUCCCAGCCCAGUCUAUGACGCUUAUGGGAGCCAUGCCUGCCCCACAUUCAGUGUGCUGCAAUAGCCAUAUCCCAACGUCUCCUGAUGACCUGUAUCUGGCUGUUGGCGAUGCCGUUGUCGUCACCGAUACCUGGACCGAUGGAUGGGCCCUUGGUUACAAGAUUAACACCGGCCAAGACGAGAAGCCGGGAUAUUUCCCGCUCUCAUGUGUCCGAGACGUGCCCCUUCCGACGACUCAAGGGUUCUCCGAAUCGUGAAACUCGAAAUUGCAUAAAGCUGUCAAUAGAGCAAGCGGCUGAUGGCCAUGUCGAUCGCGAUAGACCAUCGGCUGCAGAUACUGUCUCUGACUCGGUCGUCGUCUCUGUCCCUGUGAAUGCCUGCUCGCGCUGCCCCGCGUCGUGGACGACACCGGAAGCGGCUGCGAUCCCUGUCGUGCUGUUGCUGGAAUCUUGGCUUUGAUCCUCGGAAUCUGUGCCGUUCUGUCGAUCUGAUUUUCGGUCUGUUUGUGAAUGCCUGUCCGUCUCUCUCUCGCUCUCCGUCUCUCUCCGAACCGUAUCCAUGUUGACGCUAUUGCGACCCCAUCCCUGCGUUCGUGUGGAAUGCAUGCAGCUCUUGCUAUCUGCCCUCACUAUGUUGUCCUUGCAUGCUCGCUUCAACUCAUUGGAUACAGUUGGUGACAUCUGACUGA